AUGCAACUCACUUCUGCUGCUGCUGCUACCCUCUUCCUGGGACGUGCUCUUGCGUCUCCAGUCGAUAUCGAGGAACGCCAGAGCUGUCCUGAAAUCCAUGUUUUCGGCGCCCGAGAGACAACAGUCUCACCUGGCUUAGGAACCGCGCGAGUGGUCGUCAAUCUGGUAUUGAAUGCCUACCCUGGUUCCACCUCCGAAGCUAUAGAUUACCCAGCCUGCGGAGGUCAAGCUUCUUGUGGAGGUGCGAGCUACGGAGAAUCUGCGUUGCAAGGAACUGCAGCUGCAGCUGCAGCCGUCAAUGCAUACCAUACCAAGUGCCCAAAUUCAAUCCUAGUGGUCGUUGGGUACUCCCAGGGCGCACAAAUUUUUGACAACUCGAUAUGUGGUGGAGGGGACACGAACAUCGGCCUCAGCGACACAGCUGUUCCCAUCGAAGCAUCGGCCCUGAGCAAGCUAGCCGCAGCAAUUUUCAUGGGCAAUCCCCGACAUAUCGUCGGUCUUCCCUACAACGUUGGCACCUGCCAGGCCUCAGGCUUUGCACCCCGACCAGCUGGCUUCGAAUGUCCCUCGGCCUCCAAGAUCCAGUCCUACUGCGACGAAGCUGAUCCUUACUGCUGCAAGGGCAGCGAUCAAGCCACCCAUCAAGGAUACGGGACCGAAUACGGACAGGCAGCCUUUACGUUCAUCCAAGAGAAGAUUGCAGCGAUGGGCACCGGUGGAGAAACUUCGCCGACGCUUUCAUCAGCUGAGAGCAAAACGUCUACGCCGGCUUCGCCGAAAACAGAUACGGGUAAAACAGAUACGGGUAAAACAGAUGCGGGUACUGUUGCACGCUAUGAGCAGUGUGGAGGCUCGGGAUGGACUGGUGCCACCGCCUGUGUCAGCCCGUACACCUGUAAAACGGUGAGUACUUGGUACCAUCAGUGCUUGUAA